UAAUUGGGGGUGUGGCAAGUUAAAAGCUCCAAUCCGUCCUAUCCAAAUGGCCCCCUAAGAUACAAUUCGGGUUGGCUGGAUUUUCGGGUUAACCGGAUUGAGGUUAAUGGUUUAACAUGGAUUUGGACGGUCGAUCUCGAAUGGGUGGUCUGAGCCCAUCGAAAUUCAAAUCCGACCGGUCCAGUUAGUAGUAAUGCGCUCGGCCACCGGUUUGGGGAAGGUGCUUCUAAGAAGAAGGCAUUUGUAGUGAUUGGUAUAAACACAACUUUCAGUAGCAGGAAGCGGUGUGAUACGGUUAAAGAAACUUGGAUGCCGCAAGGCAUGAGUAUGCUCAUUUCACAUGUUGAAGAAAGUUGGCAAAUAAUUGAGUUUUAUAGCAAUAAUAUUAGAGUAAUGUGCCUAUAUUGGAGUAAAGUAUUUGGAGAGCUUGUUGGAAGUGCAUACUACUAUGUGGCUCUAGUUGGCAAAUGUGCAGGUAAAGUAUAUAGAGAGCUUGUUGAAAGUGCAUACUACUAUGUGGCUCCAGAGGUGUUAAAAAGAAAUUAUGGAAAGGAGAUUGAUGCACUGGUAAACUACAAUAUUAUAAUUAUGUUUCAGUUUACACAAAUAGGUCAAGUGUUCUUAUUGAUAAGUACUGAAGCAUCGGAUACUCAUCCGUACCGGGUACUUGUACCGUACUCGUGGUAUUUCAUUUUAUUUCAUGAUUUGGUUUUGAAUGAAAUUUUUAAUUUUCUCAAAUAUCAAUAUAUUAUGUGUUUUAAUAUUUUUGUUAUUGUAUCUUAAUAUUACUUUUUAUUUUUUCAAAUUUUUAUAGUGAAGUUUUGUUAUGAAUUUAUAAAUUUAGUUCUUUAUUUAUACAUUUAAAAAAAAAAUAUUAUUUUUUAUUAACGUACCUU